GACAGGGUUCGUGUUUGUCACCGGGCUGAGGCAGGUUCAAGCACACGAAUUUGCAAACGGUCAUUUGUUGCAUUUCUUUAAUGUGGAGGUGUGUGUGAGAGAGGUCACAGUGCACGGACAGGAUGAAGUGUAAUCCUCAAUAUCCUCCCUGUUAAUAUGCUCUGUGCUAAGGUCAGCACUGCUGCCAAACUGAAGCUGCAGGGGACUUGAACAUAAUCAGCAGGGCACUACACAGAGUGCACACCUCCGCCGAGGUCCGCUUUGACAACUAAAAAUCUCACAGGAAGCUCUCAUGGGCAGGCCAGGUGCAAGGAGCACAGACGGGGAGGGGAGGAGGUCAUUAUCCCCCAGGGAGGUGGAGCAAAAGGGGAGGUGAAGAAAGCAGAUGAAACAUAUUGACGUGCUGCUUUGAAGCCUCCUGUGAGUACUGAAGCUAUGGACGGUGUGUUGGACGAAGCGGCCGUGUUGUGCGUGUGUAAAGUGGCCUGCGGUCUGAUCUUUCUGCCGUCUCCGACCGCUUCCUUCAGCCCCGUCAGCUUCUGUUGCUGCUGCCUCCUGAUCUUCACAGACAUCUUGGUCUCAGUGUUUCUGAUCUUCCUGCUCCUCUUUGAGCCCUGGCUACCUCAGCUGUCACCAGGCGGCGAUGUGAUCGCCCUGCGCUGCAUUCUCUUCCUCUGCCACACCUAUGGUACAGUCCUGCUCCUCACCACUCCUCUGAUCGCAGUGGAGAUUCUGACCAGGCAGCUGUGGCCCUGCGUUAUUGCUGAGGGGUCAGCGGGCCAAACGGCGAGUCAUGAUGGCGCUCAGGCACUGCUCUGUUAUAACCAUCAGGAGGAAAGCCACAAACCAGAUAAGGAGCAGAUGACCCACGUGGUUGGUUACCUUUGCUGCCUGAGCGUGUGGGUCAUGGCCGGCCUCGAUGCCAGGUGGAGAUGGAAGGUGGAGGAAGUGUGGACUGCUGCCUGUCUGCAAACACCCAACAUGCUCAUCCGGUGUUUGCCAAACCUGUUCAGCCCAGUGACCGGCACUGCCACUCCCUGCUGGAGCAUGGCCUUCCUGUCCCUGAUCCUGCUGCUCAACACGGGCACGCGCCUCCACGAGGAGCGCCGAACCCUGACAGAAAGGACACACACAGACCAACAACACCCGGUGAACUCUGGCACGUUGACACGACCUGUUGACUCAGAGACAACAGAGAGCAGCUGCAGCGUUCACAGAGCGUGCUCCUGGAAAGGUGUGCAGAUGUCGGCGUGUCGCCAUGGAGACUUUGCGCUCUUCUUUCCACAGCGUUUGUGUGCAGAAAAACGAGGAGAGCAGCAUGAACUGAUAAACAGAGGUGCGGCACAGGACGGGCCCUCUGGCUCACGGCACAGGAGCCCGUGUGGGUGGCGGCUGUGGGGUUUUCCAGGCCCCGGGGUGAAGGUAAUAACAGGGCUCGUGAGCGUGCUCGGCGUCUUCGUGCUCCCUGUGAACCUCAGCGUGAACAUUCCUCUUAUCAGGACUAUAGAGUCUGUGCUGGAACUGUGUGUUACACCUUCAGCCUCAUCAGCAGCAGAUCCAAGUGACACAUCUGUCUCUCACCGCGAGAUGCUCGUAUGAAACACGUGAGUGGACACAGGCUGGGGACGCGGCUGCAGGCCUGAGCGUCAUCGGCAGUUUGAACCCGGCGCAAAUAAGCUUUUGAAAGCACCUAUUCACGUGUGGAAUGAUGGCCGCUGAAAGGUGCUGAGAAGGCAGGUUGAGGCGUGCUCGUUAGAAAGACACGAGGCCUCACUCGAACACAGCUGGAAGGCUUUGACUGUUAACACACACACACACACCUUCAUCCAGCAGCAAACAGUCGCCUGAAAGCAGCAAUAGAAAGCGUAUUGGCGCAACUGCUAGUAAACUUGAGUUGAGCGCGCACGGCUGAUUUCUAUCAUUUGUAAAUGUUUGUGGUUGGAUCACAGAACUGAAGGAGAAGCACUGCAGGAAAUUAAACCUAUAAUGCUUCUCAGUGUCCAACAGAGGGCACUGCGGGACAACAAGUCUGGGUAACUAAAAGUUCCUACAAUAUUUGGUAGAUGAGCUUUAGGAUGCAACAUAGGAACUGUACAGGAGACUCUAGAAAAAGACUGGAUUUUUUUUUUAAUGGUUGAUUUACAUUUGAUUGAGCCAGAAGGCAAACUGUGAGUGAGCUGAGGCUUUUUUUUUCCACACAGACCUGCGCAGACAAACACUGAAACCACACAAAAACCCACUGAGACCAGAUGAAAGAGGAAUGUGCACAUGCUAUUUUUGGAACAGAUAGUGACUGUGUUAAUGUCACACAUUCUGCUGUGUAAUACACGUAUGUCGCCAACAUGAACAAGCGUAGCUCUUCACCGUCUCACCAUGUCAUUUCAGUCCUUCGGACUUUUUUCUCCAGUAAAAUAGCUCUGGGGAGCAUUAGCAUGGCCCAAAACCCUUCAGCUUCAGAUCCCCCAACUACAGCCCUCUUAACCCCCCGCCAUUUGAAGAAUUUUUCCUUAUUUACCUCUCACAUGCCUAGAAAGUCCUCACCAUCUCAUUUAGGUUUCAGAUUUUAUAUCAGUAAAUGGUUCUGGUGAACGUUAGCAUGGCUAAAAACCCUCAGCUUUGCCACCAAGACUCGCCAACCACAGACUAUUUAACCCCCCAACAUUAGAAGUAUUUUUCUUUAUGUGCCUCUUACAUGCCUGGAAAGUCCUCACCAUCUCAUUUAGGUGUUUCAGAGGGUUUUUUUUUUCAGUAAAUGGUUCUAGGGAGCAUUAACAUGGCUAAAAACCUUCAUGUAAUUUACACACUAAAUAGUCACUGACUGACCUCAUGAGCUGUCAAGGUGCACGCCGCCUCUCACUUUGUCCUAAAAAAAAAAAAAAAAGACAAAAAUUAACACAAAAACCUUACAGAGGAUGAACAUACCACAGUGAAAACACCAUAGUGAAAAACAGGUUAAUCUCCCGUACUUUCUUUUCCAGGAAGUGUUCAAUAUUUAGUUCCUGUUUCACUGUGGACUCAAAAUUUGGCACUUCCUGUUUGGGAUACCGUGUACCAUGAGUGAACUUCUUUCGUACUAUUACAAUGAGGAGAAUUUAUAAACAGGACAUUAUUAUGUCACAAGUUGCCUUAGUCAAGAUCCACUUUUGGGUUUUCUCCCAUUUUUGACAAGCUGAAGUGAAAAAGCCAACCUCUAUGCACACACAAGGUUUAUUUUACCUAAAUUUUAGUGAUGGCUUCACCUUUGUCAACAUAAUUCAUCCACCUGGCUGGUGUUGCACAUUAAGAUGCUGAUUAAACAGCAUGAUUACUGCAAAAGAUGCAUCUUUUACUGGUGAUAAUAAAAGCUCACUCUAAAAUGUGCAGAUGAUGUUGUGUGUGUGUGUGGGGGGUUGCUUCAUUAUUAGGUGAGGAGACCAGAUGUGGAGUUCAGGGGCUGGUGUGGGUACACGUGCUCUGGAUGUGUGACUGGGUUCACGACUGACAGCGGGCAUGCUAGUCAGUGGCUGGGUUUCUAUUACAGAUUUGUACAAAUGCUCAUCAAUUGUUUUGAGAAUGUCAAUAAAAAA